CCUCCCCAGCCCCCGUCUUGAGCUGGGAGGAUGUCACCCAGAUCAUCCUGGAGGGACUGGAGGAGGCGCACAGGGCCGAGGACUCCCCUGGACACCCCACCCCACUCUCCCCUGCAGAGUUUUGCUGCUGGAAGGUCAUGGAAGGUUUUAAGGAGUUGGAGGAGACAGUCCUGAACCUCUUCCAUCCCUCCUACUGGUCUUUGGAUUACAUCCAGGAACGGUUGGAGGAGUGCCUGCCCCCCGACGUGCAUGUGGUAGCGUCGAAGCACCUGGGGAUCUGUAUCACCCACAUGCCCGAUGGCCAGAACUGCGUCAUCACCGACUUUGCCUCCAAAGAGGAAGUCAUACAGGCCUUGAUCUGUAGCAUGUUCCUUCCCUUCUACUGUGGGGUGAUUCCCCCUAAAUUCAGGGGGCAGUACUAUAUCGAUGGAGCCUUAACCGUCAGCCUGCCCUUUGCGGAGUGCCCCCACACCAUCACCGUGACCCCCUUCCAUGGGACCGCGGACAUUUGCCCAAAGAGCCCCUCACCCAACUUCCAUGAGAUCUUCAGCUGCAAAACCUCCUUCCAGUUCUCCACCUACAAUGUGUACUAUGGCAUCCGCUCCCUCCUGCCCCCCCCAAUUGAGAUGGUGGCAAACAACGCCAGGCAGGGCUACCUGGAUGCCCUCCGGUUCCUGGAGAGACGGGGACUCAUCAAGGAGCCAGUGCUGCGGACCCUGGUGAGCGGGGCUCCCCCUGCUGCAGCCAAGGGGCACCCGGCUGCCAGAGACACCCGAGACUCGAAGAGCGGCCUGAACUUGAACUGGGAGGUGCCCUUCGUGCGGGCAGAGGACAUUCCUGAUUUUGGGGCUGUGUCCCCAGAGCUGGAGGCCGCCCUGCAGAAAAACCUCCUGAGAGACCCCCGGCCCUUGGCCCGCUUCCGCCGCUCCUUGCCGGGUCGCACCCUGAUGUGUCUGUUGCUGCCCUACACGGUUCCCUUACAGACCUUCUACUACCGAGGGAAAAGGCUGAUACAGUGGCUGCCAGAUCUCCCUGCCGACCUUUACUGGAUGCAGGGCCAGGCCUGGAGUGCGGCCACCCAGCUCUAUGCCCGGACAAAGGAGCAGCUGCUGAGGCCAGCCAGCACAGCUCCAGCCCAGUGACGGCCUCACCGGCUCCCUGUCAGGCCCACUUGGCCCAAUACCUCGGACAACGCCUCCCCCUCUCCAUGGUGCACUGAACCUGUGGCAGGUGACCCCUCAGGGUGUCCCCAGCUGGAGGCUUCUCUCUCAGAAGCGGAUCGACCCAUGCGAUUGAUCACGGUUACUGUGCCUGUCUGAGGAGCAAACCACUCAGCGCCCCUCAGGGAACACAAGAUGAUGGGGUGGGAACUCCCCUCAGAUUUUCCUGGGUUCUUCACUAGCUCUCAGGGACAUUGUCACCCAGUCUCCCGUCUCCUCUUGGGUUAGGCCAGAGUGACAACCUGUUGAUGAGGGUAGCUGUGGGAGAAGAGAAGGUUUGGAAGCUCAGAACCCCAACAGCCUGUGCUUCUGUUGGGGUGCCCAAGUGCCCCCAAGUGACAC